AUGUUCGAGCCUAAUGAGGAACCAGCCGUGCCCAGUUUCAGUGUUAGCCUGGAAGAGGAGCGUGAUCCGCCUCCUUCACCAACAAAAAUCCAAUUUCCGGACUAUGACAGACUAAACUCGGUCAAUUCUAAUGGUGAAAUGAACUGUGAUUUGCUCUACGACUUGCUGGCUCGGGCUAGAAAACCACAGCAUAUCACAGAUGAAUAUCUGACAGCAUUCAAUAUCAAGGUGGAAUCUGAUAUUGACGCUCCAAAAAUAGUGCCAGACCAUGACCUGAAAUGUAAGCCUCCCUACCGAUGGCCAGUACUUGGCUCUGUGGAUGGAGGAGAAUUGGAUGCAACUGGCUCAGCUAUUACGUCCAUGUUUAUGAGCAAUGGAGCGCCCUUUCCUGAUAAAAGCAAAUAUGAGCUCUUAAAGAGUGAGCUACUAUUUGACAAUGAUGAUGCUUUUCGAUCCCUUGCGCGUCUCGAGCCACCUCCGGGGCGUAAGAAUCCGCGGAUUGCACACGCGAGGAAGUUUUGGACUGCUUUGCAGCAAGCUGCUCAAUAUUGGGAUUCAAGCCAUGACAAUUACUACGAGAUUGGCGUUGAAGAUACCACCGCGGCCAAUGGCCACGGGAAAGGCGAGGGCCUAGGUGAAAGCCAAGGUAAAGGCAUGGACACAGAUGCAUUGGAGAGCAAAAUGGACAUCGAUAGCGGGGAUGGCCAUAGUCAACCCCCUACCACAAUACCCAAUGUAAAACCAAAAAGCCCGAGCGGUAAUAGGCGCUAUAAGGGGCGAAGAAUUGGUGCGGGAACGGAUAUGCCCGAUUCGGUUCGAGAAGAUAUCUUACGUGGACUAGUGGAAAUGGUAGCAUGGUCCCUUGGUUGUCAGGUUAAACUACCAACAAUGCCGCCUCGUCUCGCUGUCAAAGAUCUUCUCUUUCCUGUGCGCCAGAGCUUCACCGUCUCACGUAUCCCACAGGACAGACAGGAGGCACGCAAACAUAUCCUGGAAGGGCCCGUGCUGGUUGGUCAGUGCCGAGCAGAAACACAUUUUUACGACGACGCUACUGGACAGAGAUAUGUCGAAAAAUGUGAUGUCCUGCGCGAAACGGCAGGCAUGCUUCUACUGGCCCAGGAGAGAGCGCGAGAAAAUCAGGUUGAAACCAAACCAGGAGAUGGAAAAUGGUGGACAAGUACGCCGCGGUGGGGAGGUCUCCCAAAUCACGGUCCAGUUGGAGAACCAAUUCCAACCGGCCCAGAACGGCAGCAGAUUGAACCUGGGCAGUCGAAUUCACCAGUGGAUGGUGAAGCCACAUCGAGCAAGCGAACAAAACACGACCGGUCGUCUCUUUCAUUUCGGCGAGGCGCAGGGCCGAAUAAUAGGAGAAUCUCAAUGAUAGAGAGGUGGAGGAGCGUACAACCUGGUCAGGGGCUGUGGGAUAAGAGAAUGAGAUAUAUAAAAAUUGGGGCUAAUGCAGACAGUCCGUUUGACGAUGUCUUUAUGGUAUCAUCAAUCAAUCACCAUUUCUCCAUAAUCCAUCUCAGAGUCUAUGACGAGUACCUCCAAUGGCUCAGUACGGGCAAGGUAGACACUGCCAAUUCAGGUGAUGACCCAGCGUCACCUUGGGCGACCCCUAGUCCUUCGUCGAACACGCUGGUUCGACUUUUUCAAUCCCAUGGAUCGUGCAGAAGGAUUUUGAUGGGCUCUGGGCCGUUAUGA